CCGCCUCAAUUCACUGCCCAUCCACACCAGCAAGCCUAGUUCUCUUCUACCAUCUACGACUUACUUCUUAUUAGCCACUUCAUCAAUCUGUCGCCAGUCGAUCUUCAUUUCAAAAAAAAACCGAAGCUACCAUGUCUGACGGUCUCAACGAUGCCCGUGCCAUGCGCAUUGCAGAGAUCAUGACCGACUUCCGCAACCUACAACACUACCUCGUCCAGUUACGCGCCAAUCCUACAGCAGAAGAGUACUACCUUGAGGGUUACUCUCUGCUACGACAAUGCACCAGCGAGGCACAGGCAAUCCUACAGACACCCUUCUCUGGCAGUGCCAGCACGGGUUCAGGGGAUCCGGAAGCAGAGAAGCAGCAACUGAGAAACAUCAUCACAGACGCCGCUGUGCGACGCUUCCAAUGCCAACGCGCUUACCUACGAGCCCACGCUGGUCUGCGGUGGAUGAACGCCCGCAACAGCGUCUUGCGUGGCCAGAGGCCCAACGCAAGCCAUCUGGGUGCACUACAGCAGGCUGAUGCCACAAUGAGGAAUGAACUCCUCGCAAUCAGCGAUGCCUAUGUCGAAAACACGCUGCGCGCCGCAGACGCCUCGCAGGGCAAGUGGCUGAAUGAAGAUCCUUCGCUGGCACAGAUCCAACAGAUACUCAUGACUCGACGAUAAGCAUUCACGACAACAGCAACAACACCGCCCGGAGCUCUCCAUCGGACUGAGACUAUCAUGAACAUCGUACGAGUACACCCAUUUCCACAUUAUACUGCAGCGGAUUCGGC